UAAGCCCGGGUCUCGAUAACCAUUUCUGCAGAGGGUCUAUCGCAGCGAGGCUGUAGGUUGGCAAGAGUCAAAACAUAUUUUUCCUUAUUAAUCUUUCUGACAUAACUCAAAGUUCCGAUACCCUGGCGGUUGCGUCAUUUUCGCGUACUAAAUUCUCGGCCAUGGUUUGUUGAAAAAUUGAAUAGCAGCCACCUCCAUCACGGAUUUUGCGCUCCGGGGUGUAGGUUGCGAACCCGCAGGGCAAUCUUGUCCGGGCUAGGGAAAUUUCCCCACGGGCCCGACAAUUCGAAGAUCGUAUCCCCGGAACUAAUCUAGCCGUACUCUCGGCGAAUAAUCGGAAAGAAAUUUCUCACGCUACGGGACGACGCGAGGUCCAUUGAGAAAAACAUUUCAAGGAUCUCUAGGCCGACCGAGUGCUCUUUCGGAGUUCUGGCCAUCGGUUUCCGUUAACAUUUAGGAAAAACGCGGUGGGACGGGAUACAACUCACGUAGCUUCACGAGGGGCUUGUUUUUUUGCGCCGCGAUUGCUCGCCACCCAGCAACAGGCGUAGCUCCCCCCAGCCUCCAGACGCGCUACCCAACAUAACCUAACCUAACCUAACCUAGCCGGCGAGCUCCCCUUUCGACCAAUCAGGGACUGCGGCCUGGAAGGAGACAACUUCCUAGGAGGGGGAGCGGCUCGUAGCCUUGAAAUACACAGCCGAGCCUCAGUCCGCAGGCCUGCGCCGUGGGAUCGAAUUCGCUUAAGGUGUGCUGACGCGCGAAACGUGGAAAUUCACCGCGUCGCACAUUUGCCAGCUCGGUCCUCCUCAGGAUUUUGUAGUUCCAGAUUUUCCCUCGGGUCCGUCUGCCUUCCAACCCCCUGGUAGUACGUAAUGGGUGGGCAGAUAUUUCGGGACGGUCAGUAACGGCCAUUUCCCCAGGGCGGCCAUGUUGGACCGGCCGGCGAGUCGUUGAGGAAAUUACGCCGAUCGACCACCCCUGGGCUCGCCGUGAAGACAAGAAGCUACCCGAGGAAACGUCGACUCGAGAUUCGACGCUAAAUCCUGUGCAUGAGGGCAGAACUCGUCCGGUGACCGUGAAAAGAGUUCAUUGAAUCGACUGCGGCGUCAUGGCGGUGGAAUCGAGAGAUUCGCCGGGGGCCGUGAAAUAUCGCAACGUUUCUCGGUAAAUCUAUCGCAUUUGUGGACAAGUGACUCGGGAGUAACUGCAAGAGGCUGUAAUAAUUCUUAUUGCAUAGAAAUGAAAACUUCGAUGGAUGCCCUGCCGGCUAAAGAUAGAGGCCAACGUCAGCAGCGCCGACUACGAUGGGAUAAUCCUGGUCUCUGGGUCUGUUCCUGGUCAGGAGGAACCGGAGCCCUUCAAGACGGUCCUCCACGCCGCUGCACAAAUCGAUGAUGGCCUGGGAACGUGCGGAGGGGUGCUGCCCAUCAAUCUCCCGGCAAAGAGGCUCAUCUACAGCCCCACCGGGCCAUUGAACCUGGAUUACGACGAUGUGCGUAGUUUCGCCGAGGCCGCGGCCAAGGGAGUCAAAAGGGCUCUGAAGGCAGGAGUGAAAUCUCCCCUGUUGGUCCUGCUUCCGGACGGCCGGUUCGAGAACGUGGAGCUGGUGACUCUUCUAGGAGCCUUGGAGACUCUCUACGUGCCCUUGGAGGUGCGCGAGAUCUCCCCGGAUCGGUGCUACAAAGCCGUCCAGCUAGGCGUAUGGAGUCCGAUCUGCAGCAAGAAACUGCAGGGGGUCGUAAAGCUGGCCUCCGCCCUGGAGAGCGGGAGAUACGUGGCCAGGGACAUUGGAGGAGCGGACCCUGAACGCAUGGCUGCCCCGAGGGUGGAGGAAUACUUGGCCGAGUUGUUCUUGGGUUCCAACGUCACCAUGCAGGUGAUCUCCGAUGAGGCCACUCUGCUCCAGGAGUAUCCCCUGUUCUCGUGCGUGAACCGCGCAGCCUCCGUGAUCCCUCGACACGCCGGCAGGAUCAUAUUCCUGACAUACGAGCCACCCAAUCCCGCCUGCGUCCUGGAAACGGUCAUGCUCGUCGGAAAAGGAGUCACCUACGACACCGGCGGUGCCGACAUCAAAUGCUCCGGCAUAAUGCCGGGGAUGUCGCGCGACAAAUGCGGAGCAGCUGCAUGUGCAGGAUUCGUGCAGGUGGUGAACCUCCUGCAACCACCUACGGUCAAGGUCGUGGCAGCGUUGUGCGUCGUCAGGAACAGCGUUGGCGAAAAUUGCUACGUCUCCGAUGAAGUGGUCACUGCUAAGUCCGGGGUCAGGGUGCGAAUCGGGAACACCGAUGCAGAAGGGCGCAUCGCGAUGGCGGAUGCACUCUACCACAUGAAGGAGAUGGCACUUUGCUCCGUGCAUCCGCAUAUCUUCACCGUUGCCACCCUGACGGGUCAUGCGGCAAGAGCGGCUGGAGAAGGAUACUCGAUCAUUAUGGACAACGCCGUGGCCAAGCAGGAGAGCAACGCGGAGAAGCUGCAGGCCUCCGGGGAGAUGAUGGGCGAUCCCAUGGAGAUAUCCAGACUCCGUCGAGACGACUUCCAGUUCCACCGGGGGAAGGCGGAAGGCGACGACCUCUUGCAGGCCGUGAACAAAAUGAGCAGCGUCCUCGAGCGCGGUCAUCAGGGUCCAGGGGCGUUCCUUAUCAUGGUGUCAGGUCUGGAUAAGCACGGUGUGUGUAGCUGCUCCCCGCUGAAGUACACGCACAUCGACAUGGCCGGCCACGUGCCUUCUGCUCCGAGUACACCCUACCGGGGCAACCCGGUGUUGGCAAUGGCCUAUUGCUACCUGAUCCAGGGCAAGUGUCUCGCCUUGCGCAAUGAUAUGCCCUUUGAGAUGCAGUACGUCUGCGAGCUGGACUGCAAACCCAUCUGCAUCCCUUCCUGCCAGCCAUGUCCACCUGCGCCCUGCGAUCCUUGCUGCCCACCCUGCUCUUCAUCGGGAGCGGAUUGUCCCGACCUCUGCCCAUGCUGGCCACCGAAUCGCCAAACUUGUCUACUUCCACCGUGUCCCGAGCAGGGCUACGUGAUAACGGACCCUUUGUGUAGGCCAAACGUCCAGCGCGAUGGCCUGAGUAAAUGCCCCUGACCACCGGCCAAUAAAAAGUCGAAGACCGAUGAUGCAUCUACAACUACGCACGCGAAAGUCGAUCGUAUUAACCCGAGAUUCGGUGGUAAUUACCCGUCGUCGAGAAGAAUGAAUUGAAGUAACUGGGAGAUUGCGAGCUAAUUACUUAAUUAUCACUUGAUGCUAUUGGGUCACGUGGAGCCUGUUCCAAAUGGUCGGUCGCCUGGACCCCGUCAUCCCGCUCGAUACCCACGACUGGAGCCUUCGAGAAUCCAGCUUCGGUCGACGCCAGCGCCACUCCGGGAUCUCCUCUGAGGUUCGAUUGAUCCGAGAGCCUCUUUACAGUUGCACUCGGGCGACACUCCGCGUUUAUGCAUGCCUUUCGCACUAGUGGAACCUGCUUCUCGUAUUCCCUGUGUACACUGGCGGUCACGAAUGGCUUCCUCGUGUAGCUGUAUGCUUCCUCGAACUUAUGUACUUGCGGUACCUGAUGUAUAAUGAACUGUAAAAUAAUUAAUGUAAU